CUAUUGGCCACGAAAAUGACAAAGCAUUUUCCAUUUCCGUGUUUCCAUCACCGUUCCAGUCCAAAACACCAACCCUCGAGCAUAACACUCUUCAGAUACUCUCUUCCAACUUCAACACACUCACGCACUCACGCUUCUAUACAUAUUAUAUGGAACAUUUAGGUUCAUUUGUUGGACUCACUCUGAUUGUGUGAAGUCCUAACAAAAAACAUGGCUUCAACACCUCUUGUUUUCUCCACUUCCUUCUCUUCCAAACUCCACCAAACUUCCCACAGUAACAAAUCACGCCUUCAUCAUCGACCCCUUAAUUCCUUUCCAUCUUCUUCUUCAUCCUCCAAAUCAAAACUGAAAUUUUCCCCUUCAAAGCCACUCAUUUUCUCUCGGAAACUAGUUGCACGAGCUUCUUCUGAAGAACAUGCUACUGAAGUCAGAGAUUCUGGCUUAGUGGGCGAGGAUGCUGCAACUUUUGACCUUGAAAAACAGAAACUUUCUUCUUGGGUUUACUUCACUGCAGUAUUGGGAGUGGUUCUGUUUGUUCUUAACUUGAUCUGGAUUGAUGAUUCAACUGGGUUUGGUAAGGUUUUUGUUGAUGCCAUUUCGGGAAUUUCUGAUAGCCAUGAGGUGGUAAUGUUAGUCCUGAUUCUCAUAUUUGCGGGUGUCCAUAGCGGCCUGGCCAGCUUCCGUGACUCCGGUGAGAAACUCAUUGGAGAACGAGCUUACCGUGUUCUUUUUGCAGGAACAUCACUUCCUUUGGCUCUCACCAUGAUUGUGUAUUUUAUUAAUCACAGAUACGAUGGACUUCAGCUAUGGCAGGUCCAAGACGUUCCCGGGGUUCAUCAACUCGUGUGGCUUUCUAACUUCAUCUCUUUCUUUUUCCUAUAUCCAUCAACCUUCAAUCUUUUGGAGGUUGCAGCAGUUGACAAGCCUAAGUUACAUCUCUAUGAAACUGGAAUUAUGAGAAUAACCAGGCAUCCACAGAUGGUUGGGCAGGUUAUGUGGUGUAUUGGUCAUACAGUCUGGAUUGGAAAUUCUGUUGCGGUUGCGGCUUCGUUCGCCUUAAUUGCACACCAUUUAUUCGGUGUUUGGAAUGGAGAUAGGAAACUGAGUGAAAGAUAUGGGGAAGAUUUUGAGAUGGUUAAGGGUAGAACAAGUGUUGUACCAUUUGCAGCAAUACUUGAUGGAAGACAAAAGUUACCAAAAGAUUUCUACAAAGAGUUCAUUCGAUUACCAUAUUUUACAAUCACUGCCAUAACACUAGGAGCUUACUUUGCACACCCACUUAUGCGGGCAGCUAGUUUCAAGCUUCACUGGUAGUUUAUACUAAUGUCACGUUUUGUAUGUAUUCUUAUACGGAUGGAUAGUAUUUCCUCAUCAACUAGGAAGUGAAAAGAUCAUAAAGGAUUCAGAAAUUAGUUGAAUAGUUAAUUUUUUACAUUAAAUUAACAUAUUUUUCUGCUUUUUUUUUUA